AUGAGUUUUCUUGAUUCCGUUCUCUCCUCACUCGGGUCGGGCAAACCUGCCCAAGCCCCGCUAUCUCAACCUCCAGCGAUCCCAGCCCCAUCUUCAACAACGAUGAAAGAUGAAAGACCAUUGAGAGCAGAGCCCCGCGCACCUCGGCCUGCGGGGAACGCGGGCACCGGAAUAAAGCGCAAGGCGGAGGACCAACUUGCUCGACCUGAGAGACGCGAGAGCCAACCAAUUAGCAAAGUCCCCUCUACGAGGCCAGCGGCUUCUUCUUCGACGUCCAAGAUUAUACCAAGAGGUGCACCAUCAACUACGGUGAAGCCUGCUUCGCCGAAGCCCGUUGUCAGAAGCAACACAGCACCAACGGACACAGCUCCGCCCGCAAGAGCUGCACCUCCGAAAUCAGCAGCGACAAAACCGGCAGUUACCAAAUCAAUGGCUUCUAGACCGGCGCCGGCAUCAGCAACCGUAUCUAAACCAGCAGCAACCAAGGCCGCACCAACUUCUUCCAAGCCACCACCGAAAGGUUCCUUCGCCGAUCUCAUGCAGCAAGCCAAGGCUAUGCAAGAUAAAGCUCCCGCUCAGUUGGGUAUGCUCCGUCAUCAGAAGGUACCCAAGGAGAGACUGAGCAAGGUGGAGCGCAAACGACGACUCGAGGAGGCCAAGGCACAAGAAAAAGCAGCACGUUCGGGGAAGCGUCCCGCGCCUGGCCCGGCCGCGGCCGCUACCGGCAAACCUACUGUCAAGCGACGCACGCCCGAGCCUCUGUCAUACAAAGGCACAGCCAAGCCAUCCCAGACCCCCGAGCUUAUUGGGUAUCGGGGAACGGCCGGUCGGCAAUCUCACCGUGGUGCUGCCGAGCGUCGGCCGCAGGGCAAACGUCGUAUGGAUGAAUACCUGGCCACCGACGAGGAGGACGAAGGUGAUUACGGUAACUAUGGCGACUACGACGACCUCUAUUCAGACGCAUCUUCUGACAUGGAAGCUGGCUUUGAUGACGUGAGGGAGGAAGAAGAUGCUGCCUUACGAUCCGCUCGCUUGGAAGACGAGGAAGCAUUGCGACAGGAGAUGGCGGCAAAGAAGGAGAAGUUGGAGCGCCAGAAGAAGCUGGAGGCUCUUGCAUCCCGCAACAGGCGGUGA